GGCAGUAAAGAGCGCAGGCGCCGUCCUUCGUGCACCGGAAGUUAAUAAAAAUACACGCAACGUGAAAGAAGUUGCAAGGUAGUGUAAACAAUUCCGUGUUAUUGCGCACGUUGCUACUACAUUAGGUCGCUUUUGUACAUUUUAAACAUAUUUAAUUAGUCGUGUGAGGAUACAUUCGCCUCCUUGUUACUUUAAAGCGUAGCUGCUAGCUUAGUUUAGCUUAGCUUAGCUUGCUAGCUGCUAAGAAAGAGACAAAGCGGAAGUGAUCAAAACGUCGCAAAGUGUGCGUGUAAAAGUGAAAAUGUGCAAAGUAGAAAUGCUGAGAGUGUUGCUGAACCAGCGACUAACUGGCGCCGUCGAAGAGAUAUUUGAAGAGCUGGCGAGAACGGUAGCAAAGUUAGAGGAGGAACUUUCUAGAACAAAAGAGGAGAACGAGCGACAACGUCAACUACUGGACGCUCUUUUCAACAAACAUCAAGUUGUGUUGCACAGAACAGCAGACGUCUCGCAGUCGCCGACCGCGAGUGAAGAGCAACGUGAGCGGCGUUCCAGGGCGCAGCCGAAGGAGGAAGAGGAGGAGCCGCAGCCCCCUGACACUGAAGUGGAAGAAGAGGCACCACAGCCGCCGCCCCGCAUUAAAGAGGAGGCGCAGGAGGGCGAGCCUCUGGAAAGGCGGGAGGAGUUCCCAGUGGUCAAUGUCGUCGUGAAGAGUGAAGAUGAAGAGGUCAAAGGUGAAGAAGGGGCGGAGCCUCCGAGCAGCGGCUCAACUCAACACCCGAGAACAGAAGGUGAUGAUGGAGGAUCACCAGCAGACAUGUUAGCUCCACUAUCAGAUGAUGACGACACGACGUCACACUCUGCUGAUCAUGAAGAACACUCUGUGAGACGCCGCACCAACAACACCCGCUUGGAUGUUGACAACAAAGAUGGCGGCAAGACGAGACACUUGAAAAACCCCCCGGAAGGAAAACUCUUUACUUGUUGUCAGUGCGGCAAAACUUUCAACAGCAGGAAAACUUUGACGGCACACAAGCUCUGCCACUCCCAGGAGAAACCAUUCAAGUGCACCGAGUGCGACCGGCGCUUCUCCCGGAGGGAUUUCUUGGCCACGCACAUGCACACGCACACCGGGGAGAAACCGCACGCCUGCUCGGAGUGCGAGGCGCGGUUCCGACACCGCUCGGGCUUGUUCUUCCACAUGAGGAAACACACGGGCCACACCACCCACGCCUGCUCGCUGUGCGGCCGCCGCUUCUACCUGCAGGAGAAGCUGACGGCCCACGCCAGGAAGCACGCCCAGAGCAAACCCUUCAGCUGCGCCGUCUGCCAAAAAGGUUUUGGCGACCAGUCGGCCGUGCUGGUGCACCAGAGGACGCACGGCGUGGCCGAGCCGCUACGUUGCUCCGUGUGCGCACAGACUUUCUCCAACAAGUUGGGCUUGUGCAAACACUUGAAGACGCACGCCCAAGUCAAGCGCUUCUCCUGCUCAUUCUGCGGGAAGAAAUUUGGGCGGAAUCAAACGUUGGUGGCGCACACCAGAUUGCAUACCGGAGAAAAACCCUUUUCCUGCCCCGUCUGCCACAGAGGUUUCAGUUACAAUUCGUCGCUGACUAACCACCUGCGGACACACACACAGUGAUGAGCAUAUUUACAGGAAAUAUUUCAUAUGACGACAGAUGUCCGAUAAUGUCUCUUUUGCCGAUAUCCCGAUAUUGUCCAACUCUUAAUUACCGAUACCGAUAUAUACAGUGGUGGAAUGAACACAUUAUUAUGCCUCAUUUUGUUGUGAUGCAUUAAACAAUGUAACAAGGUUUUUCAAAAUAAAUCAACUCAA